CUUUUGAAAGCAGACCAUGUAUUUGCUCCUUGCUAUUUGUGAGCGGCCAGUGGAUGUUUUAAGGGCUCCGAAUCUGGCUCUUCGUUCGUCUUUUCCUUUGCAAUGUCUAAGCCUCUUUCAUUAUUAUGCACUCUGCAUGGAAUAAUCAUCGAAAAGGGAGCUGAGGAGACUCCAUAUUAGACUUGCAUUCCAAAUACCGCUCUAAUCUGGACUUAGCCUACCUAAAAUAGUCCUCCUGUGUUACCAGUAACGGCACAGCCAACAAGAUGAACGGAGCUUUGGAUCACUCAGACCAACCAGACCCAGAUGCCAUUAAGAUGUUUGUCGGACAGAUCCCCCGGUCCUGGUCGGAAAAGGAGCUGAAAGAACUUUUUGAGCCUUAUGGAGCUGUCUACCAGAUCAACGUCCUCCGGGACCGGAGUCAGAACCCUCCCCAGAGUAAAGGUUGUUGUUUCGUAACAUUUUAUACAAGAAAAGCUGCACUUGAGGCCCAGAAUGCACUGCACAAUAUUAAAACUUUACCUGGGAUGCAUCAUCCCAUUCAGAUGAAACCUGCAGAUAGUGAAAAGUCAAACGCUGUGGAAGACAGAAAAUUGUUCAUAGGAAUGGUUUCAAAGAAAUGUAAUGAGAAUGAUAUCAGAGUGAUGUUUUCUCCAUUUGGCCAAAUAGAAGAAUGCCGGAUUCUCCGGGGACCGGACGGGCUGAGUCGAGGCUGUGCGUUUGUCACAUUUUCUACAAGGGCAAUGGCACAGAAUGCAAUCAAAGCCAUGCAUCAGUCUCAGACCAUGGAGGGCUGCUCUUCACCUAUCGUGGUGAAGUUUGCUGAUACUCAGAAGGACAAAGAGCAAAGACGCCUCCAACAGCAGCUUGCGCAGCAGAUGCAACAGCUCAACACUGCCACCUGGGGGAACCUGACCGGGCUGGGAGGACUCACCCCACAGUACCUGGCACUUCUGCAGCAGGCCACCUCCUCCAGCAACCUGGGUGCGUUCAGUGGAAUCCAGCAAAUGGCUGGCAUGAAUGCUUUACAAUUACAGAAUCUGGCAACGCUGGCAGCUGCAGCAGCUGCCGCCCAGACCUCAGCCAGCAGCACCAAUGCAAACCCUCUCUCAACCACGAGCAGCGCCCUGGGAGCCCUCACAAGCCCUGUAGCUGCUUCAACCCCCAAUUCUACUGCUGGUGCAGCCAUGAAUUCCUUGACCUCUCUUGGGACUCUGCAAGGAUUAGCUGGAGCCACUGUUGGACUGAAUAAUAUUAAUGCACUAGCAGUUGCUCAAAUGCUCUCAGGUAUGGCGGCUCUGAAUGGAGGACUUGGCGCCACAGGCUUGACGAAUGGCACGGCUGGCACCAUGGAUGCUCUCACCCAGGCCUACUCAGGAAUUCAGCAGUACGCGGCAGCUGCACUGCCCACUCUGUACAGCCAGAGCUUACUGCAACAGCAGAGCGCUGCAGGCAGCCAAAAGGAAGGUCCAGAGGGGGCAAACCUCUUUAUUUACCACCUUCCACAAGAGUUUGGAGACCAGGACAUACUGCAGAUGUUCAUGCCUUUUGGAAAUGUUAUCUCUGCUAAAGUCUUCAUUGACAAACAGACCAAUCUGAGCAAGUGCUUUGGUUUUGUUAGCUAUGACAAUCCAGUGUCUGCACAAGCUGCAAUCCAGGCUAUGAACGGCUUUCAGAUCGGCAUGAAACGCUUGAAGGUGCAGCUGAAGCGCUCCAAAAACGACAGCAAACCUUACUGACCCCCAGAGGCCCCUGCGCUCAUUUUAGCUUCUUAGGGUAAGUCCCAAGAGCCAGCCUGCUCUCAGCGGAGAAGGCAGAGGAGGACCACAUUGCCAACUUUACCAAGAGACAAUUAUUUUUACAACAAGGCCUCCAUUUCCCCCACCCAUCCCCCCACUCAGUUUGCCAUCAUUAAAACUUGGGCUACUUUGUUUCUAUUGAGUGAAUUCCUCCUCCAGCUGUGCCACUGUAUUCUCCUUUGUUUUGCAAUUUGAAUCUCCUUUUUUUUUUUUUUUUUUGCUUUUUUAAAGAAAAACAUAUAAACAAAUAAAUGACACCUUGAGAAUUUAAAAGGCAAACACAUGCUGAUGUGCAAUUCUAACUCUGAAACCACUGGUGCCCCAAGAGCACUGCCUGGAGAGUUCGCCCUCCUUGUCCGCCGGCCCCUCUGGAGGCCUGGGCGGUUAGCGGUUAGCUAACGCAGUGAUCUAGCCGAGGGAGAAGCCAGGAGAAGCACUCAAACACCACAAAACGUCUUUCCACUACAUUGGUUUGUUUUAAUAAGUAGAAUUUUAUUUUAGGGUUCAAAGAAACAUGACAUUUUAUUGGUCAGAUUAUUACACUGGUCGUCUAUUUUGUUAUUGUUUUAUUUUUGUUUUUAGAAAGGAUUAAUGUAAAAAAAGAGUUAAGAGAUCUGUUUCUUAAAGCUACAGGGUUUAAAAAUAAAAUAAAAAUGAGUGAAAAUACUUGAUGUUUCUUGAAAGAUAAAUUUAAUAAUAAAUAAAUACAUAAAUAAUACAUAAAUAAAAAAGAAAGCCACAGGCCUGUAAAUUUUAUUUGUAAAAAAAGCAUUUCUAUUUUUAUACAAAAUUUUUACUGCCUCAGAAAUAAUGGAAGUUAUUUAUUGCCUAUUGUUAACUUAUUGGGUACCUAAAGAGCAGUUCUCUGUCUAGCUAGAACCUUCUUAUGAAGUAGUCUCUAGAGCAUUGUUCUAGGAAUGGGCUUUUUUUCACUGUUGAACCCUAGACCUAAAGUUCAUGCUUUACCCUCUCGUUGUUUGUAUCUGUCUGAUUACUUUGUUCGUAAGUUCCAUUAUCUAGUUUACAGUUCGAUCGUCUUCCUUCCCCCAUAUGUCACCUGUGUUGACACUGGACCCUCUUCCUGUCCCUUUGCUACUCCUCGACCCCAAAGCACCUAGAAUCCAUCCCCUCACUCUCUCCAGAUGGAUUCUCUUGGGGUUUCAUUGUGCUGUGGAAAAAGAGUGUAAGAAAUGCAAAUUAUGGGAACGGCUCAUAGACUCCCUGAAGACCUAAGAUUUGCAUUAGUUUUUCUCCUGCACCCUAUAAGUGAUUUUGUUGCUACUGCAUAGAUUCUGUGUAACUUUUACUCUUCCUUGUUUUUUCCCUAGACAUCUUCAUGCCCGUUAGCUCAUCGUUUGCCUAGCAUGUCCCUGUGGCGUCUCAAAAAAAAGUUUCAUCGUCCCGUCAUUGUUUCUGAUGUCUUUCUGACCUCACAUCAUAUUUGGUUCUCCUACUGACCUUUGAUCUAGUUUGACCUUUGAAAUUUGCAUGUGACCUCAUCUAGCUAUGAAUUCUGGGAAGUCAAUGUGAAAAACAUUGCUGCAUUCAUGCAAGACUGAAAUUAGACAAAUUAUAGGGAAAAAAAACCUGUGGCAAAAAUGUUUCUUUCUUAUUUUUUUCUUUUCAUAAAACAGACUUGAAAGUAUUAUACAGGGAUUGGCAUUCUUCCCGGUCACUGGUAACAAUAGCAAUAUGUGUCCAGGGACACAGAAUGUUGGUUUCUAACAGACUACUUCCAAAAACAGUUUGAGAAAAAAAAAAAAAAACUGUCUGAUUUUAAGUCUCUAGAGGUCUGUAAUAGUUUUUACAUUUUUCAGGCAGUGUAAAGUUUUUUGAUAAGGCCAUUUUAGGUGGCUCACUUUCUCAUUAAGAUAUAUAUAUAGAACCACUUUUUGUAGAUUAGUAUAAGAAAAAUAUUUACCCUGUUUUGGGGCAAAUGCUACCUAUUUGUGUCACCUUUUGCUGAACUGAUUCACAGUUAGACAAUCCAUGGUUUAAUGCACAUGAAAUUACCUAUAUUUUAUACUGUUUCAAUGUACAGGAGAAAGGUUACUGUAAACUGUGUCACGUCGGUGCUUCUGUGAAUUAAGUUGUGGUUUCAUCAUGAGUCUUAUGGUCUUAAUGUUCUUUGUUGAUAAGACAAGUUUAGAAUUGGUUUACUUAAAACAAAACAAAAAAAAGAAUUUAAAAAAAAAAAAGGUGUUUGCUUAAAAAAAAAUUUCAUGUGAAGAAAAAAAUAAAACCUAUUCCAGAAUAAGUUUUGUGUUGGCUUGUGAAGCAUUGAUGUCAUUUUUUUUUUUAUUGUGGACUAUUUAGAUGUGUUUGCGUUCAGCAAAAUGUGAUUUUUUUCUUUUAAAGAAAAAAAAGUGAAAAUAUAUAGUGCCAAAUUCCAAAGGUACUUCCUUCCUAGAGCUUCAGUGUGUUUCUUGUGAGAAGUAAUUUGAUAACAUGGGUAUUUUAUUAUGUGUUUUGUAUAAAUCCCUAAUAUUUAAAAAAAAAAAGGUUAAAAAGUUUGUUAACUUGCUAUUCUGUGGUCUUGUUGCCUGAAAUUGUUAUUGUUUGUUACUUCUCUAUGAUGUUUUUUGUAAGACGUUGUAUAAGUGCCCAUGUCUCACUUUUGUAACCACUCUGCACAUGAACGCUGUGAAGGCAAAACCUCACAAUGUAUUUUCUUCAUGAUAUAUGGAAACCUCUAAGGUGAGAAAGUCUUGAACUUUUAACCCUUUCUACCCAGAGCUAUCUGAAAUGUUGGUAACUUUUUUACGGUCAUCAUUUGAGUUUAGGGGUGUUGCUAAGUUGGACAUUUUCCCCAAAUAUAUCUUCUGAGUUCUUUAUUUUUACCCUUUAAUUGUGACCUCCCCUCAAAAAAUCCACAAGAUAAAUUUGAAAGGGGAAAAACAACAUUCUAGAUGUUUUUUUCAAUUCCAUUUUUAAUUUUGUUUUUGGUUAUCUCGUGUCUUUUUUUUUUUUUUUUCAUUCCUAAUGUGCUACUGGAAUUAGAAUUCCUAAUGUCCUAUGCUCCCUCUUUACUUUAAAUUAAGAAGUUUAUUGGGUAAACAAACCAUCUAAAGGGAAAUGUGGGUAGAUUCAGCCCCUUAAUGAACCUUAAAAAUGCUGUUUGCUUUUUGAGAUCAGGUUUCACGGUAUGUUCUAGUCUAGAAUAUUUUCAUAUACCUUGCAGUUUAAUGACUUUUGUAGUGGGAUAGUCUUUUGAGGAAUUUUGUGUUGUUUCUUAAGUACUCUUGUUCAAUCAGCCAUGUGCUGGAGAUUCUGUCUCCCCAGUGGACACCUCUGAGUAAGCAAAGUGUCCGCAUUGAAAAGCCCACAGUCCUUACUCUGUCUUUGGUUUUCUACUUGUGUGUGUGCACGCGUGUGUUUUAACUGAACACAUUUAAAGGGGACUGGCCAUAUCACCAGAUUUCAGCUCAGUUCCUUACCAGUUAACCAGUUACCUAGCACCAGUACCUUGCUGCCACUUUUUAAAGUGCCAUACUACUCUGACAUUCUGUGAACAAACGUCAUACCUACAGCCCCACCACACACUGCGGCCUCUGAAAACAGGCCCUGGAAGCUUCUUGGUCUCAGCUCCCUUUGCCGCCCACCCACCCUGUUUGGUCUAGUGUGUGUGGAUGUGAUAGCCCUGAGAUGGAAAGGACUAGCCUCUAAUGAUGCAAAAAAUAAAUAAAGUUUCCUUCUUAUAGCACAUGCACUUCUAAUGAAAUGAUUUGUAUUAUCCUCACACGUGUUUACUACUGCCGGGGCCUUCCUUCAUCCUUCGAGGGCUAUUUUGUACUUCCUGCAGUGCUCAGCUUAGUAACAAAAGUGAUCACACAUGUCUCAUGUCUCUAUUAUACGGUGGUUGUAAAUACAGACAUAGAAGCAUAAAAGAAUACCAGUCGUACUUCAUAGACCAUGGCAUUCAGAAUCUAUCCACUUAUCAGUUACAUAAGUCUAAAAAUUUGUUUGUUUUUUUCUCUGAAGCAAACUGCCCUUUCUCUUCACUCACCUGCACGUCCUGUUCCUGCCCCUCAGAGAAACCUAAGUGCAGCUGACAGGAGGCUCCGCGCGGCACUUUUGUUGAGUGUUUGUGAUUUUGUAGGCAACAAAGACAGUACAUUUAGGGGGAAUUUUUUUUUAUUUUCUUUUUGCAUGUAUUAUUGUUAGAUAACCCUCCUCAGAGAUAAACUGUCCUUUUAUCUUUCAAUAUCAAAAGGAAAAAGCUGCAAGGGUGCAAAGGGCCUGUGCCAGAAAACAAAACACAGGGAAACUGCUCUUAAAAAUGAAGUGUAGAAAAUGUUAUUUUAAAACUAGAGAAUUGUGAUAAAAUGGCAGUCCUCAAAGGCGUAACAAGUUCAUCUUUCUUUCACCAUAGGGGUUAUAGUUCUUUGGCUUGUGCUACUCUGGAAUCAUUUUACUGUUUCUGUUUUUAUUAUCUUAAGUGCUAAUUAAAAAGAAAUAAAAUUUUAAAAAAACUGUAGUUUCAUUACCUUUUAAAUAAUGUCAUACAAAAAAUGUAUUUGUGUUUUUUGUGCUGUGAAAAUUGUUGUUUGUAGAUUAAUAAUAUCAUUUCGUUUAGAACUACAAAAUAGUUUUUAAAUAUUGUCUGAGAAAAGCCAAAGUUAAUGCAACCUAGUGGAAACUGUAAGACCAUUUGAGUAUUGUUUCUGUUUUAUUGAUGCAUUUGGAUUUUGUUGUUUGAUGGAAUUUGAGCCAAAAAAAAAAAAAUGCAGGCUUUCCUAUUUCUACAACUGAUUGUACUUAAUGCAUUUUGUACCAGUGGAACUUUUUAUACUGGAGAUUAAAAAAAAAUGGAAAUUUUUGUGGCUUACUCUGGUGGGCCCCCUGACAAUGACUGAUUUCAAGUUUGAUUUCUGGGUGAUAGAUAAGAAAGUUGCUUUUCUUUUGAGAAUUAAAAAACUUUGGCUUGAUUUCUUUUUUCCCUUUGCUUAUAUCUAGCAUUAGAAUUUUGUCUUAAAUACAGCGGUAAGUUUCACUUUUUAUUCUGUAUUGUGCAGUUACACAAUAAGAUAAUUAGAUUUAGAAGUACUCGGUCACUUUAAGUGGAUAAAUGUAUUAGUUAAACUUUAGAGGUUUGCUUUUUUGCUGUUUGUAGAUCAGAGUUUUUUCUGAUUCUUCUGUCCUCAUUGUGAACAUAACCGUGUAGUUGAAACAGUCAAACUUAUUUUUGUAAUGUAUGUUAUCGUGUGAUGCGGUUUUUUGCUUCUGUCUCCAAUAUUAAACCAUUUUCCUAAUACUCGUUUCUCUCUCUGCGUGUUGUAUUGUUGGCAGUCAUUCUAUGUUGGUGAUGCAUCUAUACACCUCACUGUUUCACGUAUGUUUUCUUUCUAUAUGUUGUGUACAAAGAUACAGUCGAUUCCACCUAAGUGAAUAUCUGAUUUGGGGAAAGAGGAAACUGCACACCAGCCACCUCUGAUUUAUAUACAGCCUACUCUGCCCAGUGCUUCUAUGAUUCACAUAAAUGCCUACUGGGCUGGACAUGCCAAGAAGUUCUGUGGUCUUCUGACCACAUGCGCUCACUUCGCCCCCCCCCCCAUAUACAGGCAGUCCCUGACAGUCACGCAAUCAGCUGCUGCAACCUUAAGAAGAGAAGCAGCAGAGGCGGGGGUCUCCCCUGUCUGCCCCCAGGUCCAAAGGCACAUCACUGAAGGCAAGCUCUUAGAAACAGACCACCCCUUCGAAAGAGGUGAGCUCUCAAGGAGGGAAAAACUAAACGUAGCCGCUCAGCGAAGACGUGAAAGCAGUGAACAGGUUUCUCUGUUGCCACCAAUCAGUAGGUAUGUACAGACAAGUAAUUUAUUUCUACAGGCUAAUUACUUGGAUCCAGGAGUAGCUUUGAUUAUUAAAACGAGCACACGUGGAAAGAAACACCCCAGUGCUCUCGUGGAGGCUCGGCAGAGCUCAGGCGGCAGAGCAGCUUCUCUUCCAGCCCGCGCUGCGCGUCCCAAGAGCGGCUCAAUGCCACAGGUGCCACCUCCCUCCCGGCUGCACGCAGGAGUGCCCCGGGCUCCACUGCCACCGAACCCAGUCAUCAUAAACAGAAUACUUUCCAUCCACUCUGUAUCUUAAGCCCCAGGCCUUCCUCACUCUGCUGCCCUGUUUCUCUGCUCAGGAAUCUGACUGCUCUUAAAGUGCUCUUAAAAGAUUCCAUGGAUGCUUGCUCCCUCGCCUUCUCACCCCUCCAACUUUUCAGUGCACAGGCUCUGUCCGCCUCAGGCCACCCAGCCCGUGGUGCCAGUGACAUCUCCCCUGCAGGUGCUCCAGCCAUCUACCCCCUGAUUUCAGCUGUCCUUCAGGCCUCCAGAUUGUUUUUCAGUCAAGUUGAUAAAAGCAGGCCUAAGUGAGGUAGAUGACAGGUGUUUCUCUCCUUAGGCCGGACACCUCAGUGGUAGUGACUUCCGCCCACUUCAGACCUACCCAAAUGGGAGCUGAUUUCUAGCAACACUUUUGCUUUAAAUCUCAUCAUAGCCUGGUCAGUUUGCCUCUAAAAAGCCACUGUUUCCAUUACUGGGGAGAGGUGGCUAAGCAUGUUAUUUCUUUUUCUUUCUCUUCUGUUGGUGAAUGGGGGGGCAUAAGGGAGGGAAGAUUGGGGAAAAGGGGUGAUCAAAUUCCAAGAUGCAAGUGUUUAUUUUUGAAAUACAUAAGCAAACACAACCACCGCUCAGCACAAAGCACAAUGUUUAUGCUAAAGUAAAGGAAGGGAAGACAAAGCCAGUCUUCCAAAGAAGAGGAAAAGGCAAGUGCCUUUACGCACUUACAACUAUAAAGUUGGUUGCUGCUUAAAUUCAUACCUAUAAUUUUGAUUUUUAUAAACUACAUUGCACUGCAAGCAAGUUCUAUCUAUUUGCCAUGCACAAGCCACCUUGGGACACCAUGGACUGGUCAACAUUUUCUGGCUAAUGGAAAUCACAUGUGUGCCUGCCCAGCCCACAACAAUUGAGUGUGAUCCAUGGGCUUGGACUCAGUUCACAGGCUAGGAAACACAGUGAACACAAACACGCUACGAAUCGUUCCUGAUAAGUGAAUAAAACAUUGUGGCCAAACAAUCAGCAUUAUUCACUUAUCAGGAAUCGACUGUUCUGCUAACUCGCUGUUUUUGUUUCUCAUUUCUGUUGUAGUUCACUAUUUUUACUGUGUUCUGUUUUCUCCUCAUGCUUCGGCAAAAUCACUGAGAAUAGUAUCUUCAUGUGACCAUGAAACGUUUAUAUUGAGUGAAAAUGGUAUCUUAAACAAAAUCUAUGCACUUGCUAUCAGGAACACAAUACUGGAUGUGUCUUAUAUAUAUUGAACUAUAUAGUACGCAGUUUCUUAAAUAAAGCUUAAGAAAGGA